AUGGCGAUUGUAUUUCCAGAUAAAACUGUACAAUUUGAUGAUGUGCCAACUGUCAAUGAAAGAAUGACAGCAGAUAUUACAUUACGUUCAGAUAGUAUAACUAUUAAAGCAAAUUCUUGCGAUUCUAGUGCUCAAUGUAAUACGGAAUCCACAUCUAUGGAAUCUAAAAGUAAGGAGCGCUCGACAGAAACUUAUGAACAAGGAUAUUCACAAAGUGAAGCUAAAAAUAUGGUCGCACGGAUGAACAAACCUGAUAUUUGGGAUACAUUACUGGCGCUGGAACAAGAAUUAUCACCAGUUGAAAAGAAUGAACAAAGUUUUACAGAAUGCUUUCAAGAUUACCCUCAAAUACUUAACAGAUUAUCUCAACAAUUUAGAAAAACACCAACAAGAUUUACAGAAAAGUUAGUAUCUAUAAUCGAAGAUUCUGUCAUAUCAGAAUCUCCAACAAAGCAGGUUUUGCACGAAAACUCUGGAAUUAGUUUAAAUAGAAUGACUGGAGAAUUUCGCAAACUAUGCAAAUUUAUUGAAGACGAAUCAAUGCCAGAAUUAGCUCCAUCAUUAAUGAAUAUGACUGGUUCAUGUUCAGAAAACAAUCUAACGCCCUGUGAAAAGAACAGUAACGUUUCUAGCGUUGCUUCAAAAAACAUGUUAAGGUGUAUUAAUGAUACAUCGACUCGUGUGUGUACACCAAAAAUGCUUAAAUGUCUUUUAACACCAAAAAAUAAAAUUACAUCUAAUGUUAAUAGUCCUAUUAAUCGAUUUACACCUACUGCAGAUAAGUCUUUCGAAUAUUGGGAAUCAGUUUGUAAUAUCAUGUGUGAAAGCCAAUUAAAUAUAAAAAAAAAUAAUAGAAAAAGUUUGUGUACGGCAGAAUUUUCAAACCGAAGUAUGAGUGAAAUGUUGACGAUUUGUGAACGCCAAAUGGCUUCUUUAGACGAUAGCGCUAUUGAUAUUAGAAGUUCCGAGCCUUGUAAGAAGACAGACAGCGAUUUAAAAGUACCAGUUCAAACGCCAAGAUCUAAGUCUGAGUCUACAAUUCUUUUGACUAUCAAUGACAAAAUGAAGAAAUCAGUUCAAAAAUUAAAAAAUGAAAAAAUAAAUAAUGAAACAAUUUCUAAUAAUGACAAUGAAUUAGUCAGUGAAGAUAAAUGCACAGAGAUAAAUGAGACAUUAAUUUUUGAUAAUGAAUCUCAAUUAUUGAGUAACAAUGAUUUAGAACAAAAUACAAAGCUAUAUCAGGAGUUCGAGUUAUUAAAAGAAUUGAAAAAUUCACAGAAAAGUGAUCAAGAAACUUUUGAAAAGGACUUUGAAUUAUUAUAUAGUCCAGAGAAUAAACAAGUAAGUGUAGAGAAUUCAUAUGAUGACAAUGAACAAGAUUGUUCAUUACUGAUUGAAUUGGCUAAGAGACGACAGAGAUGUUUGAAUACUGCGAAAUUGAUGCUGGAAAUUAAUAAAGAAGAUCCCAUUUCUAGCGAGGACAGCAAAUGCUUAGAAACAUUGUACAAAUUAGGUAUUCAAGAUAAGACUUUUGACGAAGUUGAAGACGAUACAAAAUUUUUAAACACUUUAAGCGAAUGUAUAGAUUAUCAUAAUUAUAUUAGUGUAAAAAGCCAACCAAUAAUAAAUAUGCUUAAUGAAUUAAAUUCUCCAAAUAAUUUAAAGAAUAAAGCUGCAUUACCAAUGAAAUCUAAAGAGCCAUUACCUUCGUCGAAGGUCCCAAAUUGGAAGUUAAAAAGUCAACAAAAAGUUGCGACGUCAAAAUCAUCCUUAGAGUCGAAAAAUAUUUUAAAAAAUGUGCCAAAUAAGAAAACCAUAAAUAAAUUGCCAAUGAAAUCCACUCCAAAACUAACUCCAAGAGUGGAAAAAAAAGCUUCGCAUUCGUCACAUUUACAACAAAGGAAAGAAUUAAAAAAAAAUGAAAAAAUCACUGCUUUAACGGAUUCACAAAAAAAUAAAGUAAUUUCUAAAGAAUCACAAAAAACACCGGCUAGAACAAUUAUGCAACAUGACAAAAAACGCUUACAAGUGCAAAUUCCAGAGAAAAUAAGUCAAAUAAAAGUGACGACUAAACUUUCAACCAAAGUUCCUCAAUCUGAUAAAAAAUCUCAUACUCAAUCGAAGAAAUCGACGUUCGAUGCUGACUUACUCGAAGUAGUUCCGCAAUCGGAUAAACAGAAAGUCGUAUCUAAAACAACAUCAAACCUUACUGCCACAGAAAGCGAUAACACCAACAAACGUCCUGCAAUUCAUGAAAAUAUUCCAAACGAGGCUUCACAGUUACCAAAAGUCAAACUUUUCAUCACUCCCGGUAAAAGUCCAAAGGUUUCGACGUUGGGUAGAAAGAAGCCGCCGAUGUAUUUCUUAGACACAGCCUCGAAGGCAAUUACACCAGUGAAAGCUGAUUAUGAUAACGUCAAGUCCCCAAUCGGCUUAUACAUAAAUGGGACUGACACCAGUUUGAUUCGGAAUAUUCAUGCUCGAGUCAAUGAUCGUCUACUUACGCCCAUAUCGAACAGAAACGAUAAGAGCCCUAAACUAAAGUUUACGCUUUCUUCGAAAGAAAAUAAAUCUCCUGCUAUAAACUGCAGUGAAAAUAUUGUUUUACCAAUAGUUAGAUAUCAACCAGCUAAACAAGUUCAUUUGAUUAAUGAUAAGUCAUCCUAUUCGCCGAGUUCAUUACCGCCCAACUCGAAAAUAAAAAAAUUACUCGAACCUAUAGAAAAUACAGUUAUUAUUAAACACGAAGGACGCAUUAUAGAUUGUAAUUCCAAACCUGACUGUUUCAAUUCCGAAAUGUCUAUACGUGUACAAAAAAUGGCUGAAAAAGCAACACCCAUUCGAAAAAAAUGUGCGUAAUGCGACGAAAAUUGUGAUCAACUAUUUAUAUUUCAUACGUGAAAAUAGACAAUUGAAGUAUUAUUUAAAUAGUGAAGAAUUUA